UGAUAGAUAGACUGAUUUCUGCACAGAUUGACUAUCCUGAGAACAGAAAUCCAGUCCGGGUUUUCCCGCCGCCUCACGCCAACGUCCAUUAAACAUCCUGAAGUUGACUGGAGAGUGUAGGUCGAGUCUGGCAGAGGGCUGCCGUCAAUGGAUUGACAUAAGAAGGAUUUGCCUUUUAUCCGGUGCUUUGGUCUCUGUGGCAGCAUGUCAGUGUUACAGCUCAAAGAUACGCUGUGAAGACCAUAUUCAGGCGUGCCUAGGGAAGAUCCAUCGAGGAGAAAUGCUGAAGGAUCGGUCGUGUCGUACAGGCGGGGAGUAUUAUUAGCCCUCAGACAGUGCAUCUGUCUCUCCGGUAGCCAUACAUCCAUAUGUCAUCAGUGGAAAAAUGUCAGUGUGAUCUUACUUGAAACAGGGAGCAUUACAUGAAAGAUCUGAAAAGUACUGUUGCCCAGAGUCAUCUUUAUACUGUUUUCCAUGCCGGCUAUCCUGAACUCCUCCUCCCUCACCCUCACUGGCUUCAGCUAUGCCUCACACUCCCAAGAAGUCAUCUUGUGCAUCCAAAAAGCAAAAUGUUAGGAGGGUGAAAGCUUCCACAACUAGAAGGCAAACAGUCAACUUGCUCAAAGCGAAUGGCGAGAUCAGGAAGGCCAUAGACAAGAAACAGGCAGCCAAAGCGACCCAGAGGACUGUUGUCAGCAAGCCCAGUAAGAAGACAGUCAAGAAUGUCCUCAUUGUUAAAGGAUCCAGGCACACGCGUGGUUCUUUGAACCAAAAUGGCUUGUUGUCAAAACUUAAUGGGAAAGGGAAGUCACCUCGUAAUAGUGUCUCAUGUCCGAGGGAAGUUGAGUCCUACAGGAGAGUGGUUACAAAGAAAAAGGGAGGUCUGGAGAUCAGGGAACAGGAUACUGAUACUAAAAGGUCAGAAGUUCAUGAUCCUAAUGGUGAUGGACAACAAAAGGGUGCUGUAAUUCCCACUGAGGGACAGAGUGUUAACAUAAGCUCAGAGGAAACUGCGGAGGAUCACAGAGAAACUGUUGUUCACAACACUGACAAGGCAGAGGAAGAGACCGUAAAAGCAGGCACAGAAACUGUGCAAAACUCUGCUCCUACCGAGCAGCUGAAAACAGCGUUUGUUGAGCAGCAUGACCCUCACGGCCCCGUCAAUAAUGUGGACUUUGCCUACAACAAUAAUACCUCAGUCCCAACAACUCCUGCCCCUUCACAGUCAGAUAAGUAUGUUUCAGGACAGAUUGAAGAGGUUCAACACAUCGUUCCACACAUGAACUUUCCCGACAAUUAUUUUCAAACCACUCCAGAAAACUCUACAGAAGCAGGUGAGACUGUGGCCUCCGAAGUGUGUCAGUCCUCCAAUGAAUCACCAGCACUUGAAAAAAUUGCAAAUGCUCCCCAGAAGGAAAAUGAGUUUGAAAGCACUGUAGACGUGGACACCAAAGAUGAAAAUGGGGAUGAUGAAAUGUCGAUGAAGAAAGAGGGGGCGCUUUCUCUCCUCUCGCUGAGCAUGACCAUUUACAACAGCACUCUUUGUGAAAUGGGCCGUGGGCCUCAGGCGACGGCGUCGCUCUCCAGUAGCACAGAAAGCACCCAGUCCUCGUUUGACAGCGACUCGGAGUUGGUUCUGGAGCACGAGGCGUCAGGAAACCCUUCUCUCCAAGUUGAGGAUAUUCAGCUGCGUUUACUUCAAGUUCAAGAGAGGGGCAGGAAAAAGAGAAUUCACUGUGGUGUUUGCACACCUUGCCUGCGCAAGAUCAACUGCGGGGAAUGCAGGAGUUGCCUGAACCGAAAAACGGGCCAUCAGAUCUGUAAGCUCAGGAAGUGUGUUGAGCUGAGGAAGAAGCCCCUCAUGAUCUAUACGGGAGAGGCUGAGUCAGAGGCAAAUUCAGUAAAUGGCACAAGCUCAGAGCAGAUGGAGGAGACCUGUGCGGCACCAGAGGAAGAGGCGCAUUACGUAUCCUUAACACACAAUGUUCCACCUGAUGUUCCCACACCUCUCCAGCAUGGCUUGUUACCAGCACCUCCUGGAAAGGAGCCCAGGGCCACUGAUGUACUUCUCCCUCACAACAGUUCUCUAACCUCUCAUAAUGGUGCUGAAUACAUGAAACCAAACACUGAGAGGCAUGUGGAUCCCACUGAGCCACAUGCCACAUUCCAUAGAUCCACGUUUAAGAAAAGUUGUGAAUCCGAGUCCGUUCAAGAACAGAUGGUUCCUCUGAAGAAGAUAAAACUGGAGGAGCAAUGGGUUGAGAUUGAUGACCUGCACUCAAAGCGCUUAGAAACUAGCGGGUGCUACGAGGAUGCUUUAUCUACGCUUGCAGCUGUGGUCUGCUACUCCAGUAAGGACAGGAAAAGUCUAGAGGAGAGGCUUUUUGGGCCUCAGGCCUCAGACAUGUGUUUAAAAACUGAGCCGAAAGAAGAACCAUAUCAGUGUCAGUUAAAUCAAGGAGAAAGUCCAGAAGAACCUCCUCAGAAUGAUAACAUUGCACUAUCUUUACUCAGUGUCCAGUCUCUGGUCCAGCAUAGGAAUAUUAGCGUUGAUCAGGCUAUAGCUAUUGAGGCCUUGACCCAACUGGCAGCUACCCCACAAACAGUGCCCUUUGAAACAGAAAACCAGAGUCAGGACGCUCAACGAGAAACGUCUACAUGCUCCGCUUCAAGCAACCACAUAACUCUUCGAGAGGCUAAACCAGUUUCAGAUGUUUUCUCUAACAAGGUCUCGGUAAUCAGUUCAUCAUUGCAACAGACUUCUGUCAUCUGCAACCCUCUGAACAGGCCGACCUACUUCACCCAAAAUCAGCAUUGUGCAUCUACCUCCAGAAAACUUUCCCUGAAGGAUCUUCUGGUGGCCAGCUCAGAAUGUGAAAAGCUAUCGUAUACCACGGAGAACCGCAGAAAUGGCCAAGCACUUUGUAAAGCUGACAGGUUAGAAGGCACUUUCAAGAAGUAUAAGCAUGGAGAAGCGAUUCAAAUCUCGAGAAAGAGGGAUGAGGAGGAAGUUGCAGCUCAAUUGGUGCAGCUUGCGUUCAUGAUCGAAUCCAGGCAGAUGCAAGUCUCUGAAAACAAUCCACCGAAAUGCAUGCCGACUCAGACCAUGAAAUACAAUCAUAAUUGUUUGGGGCAGCACUUAAAAAAGCAAAGUAAACCCAAAAUGACGCCAUCAAAACCCAGGAUGUCCAAGAAGAAAGCUACUGAGAUCGAGGGCAACCAUUGUAGGAUUCCAUUGGCCAAGAAGACACCCAACAGGAAAACCCCACUCAAGGCCACCAUUCAGAAAGCCAUUUCACAACAAAAGAUGAGGUUCCAGCACAAGAGGAGUCCGUUUCUUCCACAAGCGCAGAUAGACCUGAAAAAGUACAUAGCGGAGGCUCAUCACGAGAACAGGCAGCUCUUAUACUACAGCAACUCUCUGAAGAAAGAGCACUUUGAAACGAUCUUAGGUUCUGGUAAGCAGAACGGCUUUCACUGUAAAUACGAGCAUGGAGCUCAAAGUCAUUCUUUACCACCACCAAACGGGCUCUUUCACAAUCAUACAAAUGACCAUCUAGGUGCUAGCCAGAGGCCAAGGCAUGAAUGUGAACAACAAAUGAUUUCUCAGGUAUCGAAAACCUACGAUGUGCUAAAUCAUGGUGCUAAACAACAACCUCGGCAAACCAUGGCCAGUGAACCCUGUAAAGACUCGCCGCAAAGCCCAGGGAUGUACCAUAAAGCCAACGGCUUUAAUGAUCAUCAAUACUUGCACACAAAUCAAAAUGGAUUUUACAAAGUGGAGAAGUCUGGAGGUGUUACAGUGUUGUCCACAUCCAAUGUAUAUUUGGAGAAUGGUGAUGUGGCAUACACUGGAGAACAGACUCCUACCAAGCACACGAUCAACAGCUUUUUUGAGUCUCCAAUGAGGUUCUUGAACACACCGACCAAGAAUCUCCUCAACCCCCCCUCUAAACAAACCACAGAGCUGCCCUACUGUGAUUGUGUGGAACAAAUAAUUGAGAAAGAGGAGGGUCCGUACUACACUCACCUUGGAUCUGGCCCGAAUGUAGCAGCCGUGAGAGAGAUGAUGGAGAACAGAUAUGGUGAGAAAGGCAACGCAGUCCGUGUGGAGGUUGUUGUGUAUACAGGCAAAGAGGGGCGGAGCUCACAGGGUUGCCCAAUCGCCAAGUGGAUCAUACGUCGAGGAAGUGAGGAAGAGAAGUUGUUGUGUCUUGUGCGGCAGCGUGCUGGUCACUGCUGUCAGAACGCAGUGGUAGUCAUUCUCAUCCUGGCCUGGGAGGGGAUCCCACGCAGUGUGGCUGACAGGCUGUACCAGGAGCUCACACAGACUCUCUGCAAAUAUGGCUCGCCCACUAGCCGCCGCUGUGCCCUCAAUGAGGAGUGAGUCACAAGUAACAUACGGACAGAGUGUGUGGGAAUGAUUCACGUACACACUCCCUCAAACAAAUACAAAAGAACAUUUGGAGGUUGUUCUUGAUGAAGUGUUUGUGAAGUGUUUUCUUUAAGCUUUUACACCAACUCCUUCACUCCAUCAUUUUAUAAGUGUACAUUCACUGCUGAAAAGACCAGGCUAGAUUAGUAGAAAGCAGGGUCAGAAAUUAUC